CUUGCGGAGAGUCUAGCUGGCGAGUUGGCUAUACCAUUUGAUUAGGACCUGUUGCCGUGUCGUCAACAUCUGUUCUUGACCAAGAUGCACGUGGCUCAUGCCGUACUAGUCAGUGUACUGUUCGUACUUGUGUGCGCGUUCGACAUCGCAUCGGCGAUCCCCUACCCUUUUUCCCCUAACCACUUCAAGAGAGAGUGUAAAGACAUGUUCCCCGAGGCCCUAGGUGUUCAUUCACAACUUACAAAGCCGCCAUAUGAGAUCAGCACUUCAGACACCAUCUACGACGGCGUGUCGCAUGAGCAAGUGACCAUAAAAGCGACAGGACCGUACAAAAUAAACGCUUUCUCACUUCAAGCACGUGUUGCGGACUGCUCGGCCACUGACCGAGAGGAACCCAUAGGCUAUUUCGAGAAAGAAUUCGGCUAUGAUGAUGUUGAACUCAUCCAUUGCUCGGGGCGACAUGACAGUGCAGUUGUCAGCCGCAAAUGGAAAAUCAACAAAGAAAAUGUGGUCGUGAGAUGGUACAAACCGAAAAAUGAGACCAGGAAAUUGUUCUUCAGAGCAACCAUCGUAGCUACUGUCAAUUUAUUCUGGAUGGAAAAUUUCUCGGACAGUAUCCGGUCGAUUGGCAGUAAUAAAGCCGGACAAGUAUGUCCGGUCAGGUUGAUGGCUCAGACAGAUGGCGCCACUGCUAACUCCAGUCAUUCCUUCUUAAUAGUCGCCAUGUUUAUUUACAUGUUCGUAUUUCUAUGAGCUUUCGUCACUUAUGGCAGUCUGUUAUAUUGGAGAUGGACAUUGGGGUACUGAUGUAUUGUAUGAACAGGUGCACAUAGAGAAUGGGUGCCAUCUGUGGAAGAUUCUGUGCCCUUCUGCCAAAGUAAACUUGAUGUUUUAAAACAGUAACAAUAUUGUUAUAUUCACUCUACAACUCCUAAUGUAAGUAUGAUGUAACAUCUUCGAGUUUGACACCAUUCUUGUUGCAAGGUUGAGAAAAAGUAUGCGCUUUCUCUCAAUGUGUAACUGAAUUACGCACAUUAAGACAUGUAUUUAAUGUAGAUAACUGCACGAUCACCGUUUUUUAAGGCAUGUCAAAAUAAUCGAGAAUAUUAAAUGAAGAUGUCGUUUGAGUCGGUUUUCAAUAAAGACGUCUGAUUUCGUCAAAAGAAAGCACAGAACGUAUACGCAGGCUGUCGUUUACUCAGUUUAUUUAAAACUCCGGUGCAGGUAGCAGUGUAAAUAUGUAUAUAUGCUAGAUACACAGUGUACAUUUUGUAUGAACAGAUUUUUAUAGUAGUUUAGAUUUACCUAGUUGUCAGUUAGUACAGCAUCAAUCGGCCUCUUUCUGAGAUUCAAAACAAUUGACAGCAGGUAAGCAUGCGUGAUUUUGCCAUUCAAUACGUAAAACUUGUCCAGUUGAACUUGAUUUAUUACAAUAAAAACAAUAUCUUUACAUAAUUAUUCAACAUUAUUUAAAACUAUAUUUCACGCUCAGAGGUGUAGGAUUUGAAAUUCCAUCCAGGGGGUUUUCAAAUUGGGCACAAAUACGAGGCUCUGUCGAGCGUUUUGCACCAAUUUGAAAACUCCGAGGGUGGAACUUGUGUCAGAAAGGAAAAUGCUGUGACAAUUACAGAGCAGUAUUAAGAUAGCGCGGGAAAUAUACGGGAACACGACAGUAUAGACGACACGGCUACGGCACACAUGUGGUGCAUUCUAUAAACAAAGGCACUUUUAUUUUACCAUAAAUGUGUAUUCAAAAAAAAAAAAAAAAAAAAAAAAAAAAAAAAAAAAAAAAAAG